GUGGAAUCUGGCGCCCCCUGUGGCCAUAAGACCAACUACAUGACGGUUUCCGGUGUUAUGGCGUCCACCGGCGCCGCCAGCAGCGCGCCGCUUGUAUGAAGAUUUGAAGUUGGGCAUUGAGGGUUCGGUGAAGAGCGGCACGUCACACACACACACUUUGGUGUAAUCCUGACUAUGCUGCUCUUGGUCGUGUUGGACAUCUUCUUUUCUACUGCUGUGGUCACCAGUGAGAAGAGCAACCACAAGCCAUCAGUACCACAGCUCAACUACAGCAGCAUUUCUCUGCCACUAGAGCACAUACCGUACUACCUCCACAACAACAAGAAGGUCGCCAAGCAAUGCAGACUGGACCCGCUCUGCCCUUUUAAAGAUGCCCUGCUGGAUGUGUCUUCCUGUUGGGGUUAUGAAAAGAACUGUGAUCCCAAAAAGCGUUUUGGCUAUCCUGUCUGUACUAAGGCUGACUCUGGAUGGGUCGAUUCACUAGAGGCAGCACAGGAGCUUUUCUGGAAGCAGGCUGAUUUUGGCUAUGUCAAGGAGCGUCGCUCUGAGCUCAAAACACUUUGCAAGGCCAACAAACCUGGGGACUCCUCUUUGAGGUGCAGUAGUCAUACUAGAUUCUGUAAGGCAACUAAUCUUUACCUGGACUUGCGGCAACCACGCAGAAGCCAUGAAAGGUACAAGGAGGACUUCAUUCAGAAAGGUGAGAUCGGUGGACAUUGCAGACUUAACAAGCAAGCACUUGCUGCAGCGGGAGAGCACAAAAGUCCUUUGCAGUCUUGGUAUGCAGAGCUUCAAACAUACACAGAGUUGGACUUCUAUCCCGUACAAAGUGAAUCAUGCGACAUUGUCAUCGAAAAACCGACUGUUUUCAUGAAACUGGAUGCUGGAGUGAACAUGUACCAUCAUUUCUGUGACUUUGUCAACCUCUACAUCUCCCAGCACAUUAACAACUCCUUCAGCUCUGAUAUCAACAUAAUAAUGUGGGACACAAGCUCUUAUGGAUAUGGGGAUUUGUUCAGUGAAACCUGGAAGGCCUUCUCACAAUAUAAUAUCAUUCACCUGAAGAGCUAUGACUCAAAAAGAGUAUGUUUCAAAGAUGCCUUCUUCUCCCUCCUACCAAGAAUGAGAUAUGGUCUCUUCUACAACACACCACUCAUCUCAGAUUGCUACACUGAAGGAAUAUUUCGAGCGUUCUCCCAACAUGUCCUCCAUCGGCUCAAUAUACUGCAGAACGGACCUAAGCCAGGACGCGUCCGUGUCACCUUGCUGGCACGCAGUACUGAAUACAGAAGGAUAUCAAACCAAGUGGAGCUCAUAAAUGGUCUUAAAACAAUGCAGCUGCUGGACGUCAGCGUGGUGGACUACAAAUACAAGGACAUUCCUUUUCUAGAGCAGUUGAGGAUCACCCACAACUCUGACAUCUUCAUAGGAAUGCACGGUGCAGGACUUACACACCUGCUCUUCUUGCCUGACUGGGCUGUGGUCUUUGAGCUGUAUAAUUGUGAAGAUGAGAGCUGCUAUCGAGAUUUGGCUCGGCUGCGGGGCAUUCGCUAUGUGACUUGGCAGAAAAUGGAUAAGGUGUUCCCGCAGGACAGGGGUCACCACCCAACUCUCGGAGACCACCCCAAGUUCACCAACUACUCCUUCGACGUGGAUGAGUUCAUGCGCUUCGUGCUAGAGGCGGCAGAUUACGUCACGCAGCAUCCCAAAUGGCGGCGUCACAUCCUGCGCGAUGAAUUAUAAAAAAAAAAAAGUUUGCAAUUAGCCUGGAUCAAGAGACAUUGUGACUUUGGCACUGAGAUUUCUGAAAAAAAAUCCAACCAAACAUGUCUGGAUCUCGGCGGUAUAUCAAAUCAUUUGUCACUUCCUGUCCCCGGGAUUGAUGAGUCGUGAUGAGUGAAAGCUGUACACAUCCGUAUUGGCACAUCUGGAGAUUUCCAAGAAGUACUUCUUCAUUACCGCCGCCUCCACUGCGUCAUUCCACACCGAUAAAGUUAGCUAAUUAGCAGCUGUUCCGGUGUCCCGUAACAUGUGGCCUGUCGUCACAUUUGAUUAGUGUCACCUUGACUUGAGCUUGCUCGGAGCGUCUGAGUACAUCCACAACAUAUCAGUGUCAUAUGAUGGAAUUCUGCCAGACGUGUGCUGCUUUUUAUUUUUAAUUAUGCGUCUGUAUAAACUAAAAAGAUUGUUGAAGUAUAUAUUUUGUCUUAUAACGCUCAUGCUAUUUUUAGUCAGGGCUAAACUGUAUCAAAAAGGCCUAUUUAAUGUAUUUGUACUAUUUAUUUGUUGUAUGUGGAUAUGAUUACUAUUUGUAAUAGAGGUUUGCUUAUAGUCCAUGUGAUGUUUCACACACAGAUAAGCAUAGGGCCGCGUGAUCCGUGGGGGUCUCCGUUUUUCAUGAAUAAACGCAUGUAAAAUGUCAAAUAAUGAAUGACAGAUCGCUUCAUGUGACAUUUUACCACAAACAUAUUCCCAGCACCUUCCUGCUCUUUCACUAAAGUUCCUUAGCCAUUCACAUUGUCCCUCAUGGCACUUGUGUUGGGCUGGUAGCCAUUUGUUGUGGGUUCGAAUACCAGUCAUUUUAAUUAUGUUAUGUUUUAAUUUACAUUUAUUCCGCACAAAAAAAUAUAGAUAUACAUUGAACAACUUAUUUACCAAAUAUUUGUUUUAAAACAAAUCAAAUAAAAUUUAAGUUUAAAAAUGGUUUCACACAAAUUAAAAAGUGUGAAAAUGUUUGUAAAGGGGUAGCUCAAAAUAAAAUACUGCUUUGGGCCCCAUUUUAGCCAGGGGUCCUCCAUGUUUUGCCUGAAUAAGCACAUGCAGAAUGUCAAUGAAUAAAUAACAGGGCGCUUCAUGUGACAUUUUGCUGCAAACAUUUUCCUGCUCCGUCACUGCUAACAAUAUGACACAUUUCAGCAUUGUCCCCUGUGGCGCGCACUUUUAGUGCUGGGCUUGUAAACAGUCGUAUUCAAAUCGAAUCCUGGCUACGGAUGUGACAGGAAUAUGUACAAAUGUAAGCUACAAGUGUUAUUUUGCACCAAAAAAAUACAUAUUAUUUUUUAUUUGUCAUGAAUUUGUUUUAGUACAAAACAUGCAUCAAAUCAAUUCAAGUUUGAUUAAAAAAGUAUGAAAAUAAUUUCACAGAAAUAAAAACAUUUGAAUUUUUUUGUAAUGUAAUAGGCUUUCAAAAUAAAAUUCUGCUUAGGGAACAAAUUUGGCCAGGGGCGGCCAUGCAUGGGGGCCCCCGUUUUGCGUGAACAAGCGCAUGUAUAAUGUCAAUUAUUAAAAGCCCUUCCUUCUCUGUAAUAAUAAUAAUAAUAAUGAAUUACAUUUGAAACGUACUUUACAUUUGUUAAAAUCUCAAAGUGCUACAAAGUAUAUAUAUUUAAAAAAAAAAAUACAAUAAAAUAAAAAUAGAAAGUUAGAAUAUAUAAUAGAAAAUUAAAAUAGAAACGAAAACAUGAAAAACACUAGAUAAAACAGAAACAUGGAUAAAAAUAGAAAUAAAAGCAUGAAAGCACUGGAAAGAAGAUGACACAUUUCCAUAUUGACCUCCUCUUUGUUAUUGUGCACAAAAAAAAAUAUAUUGAACAAUUAAUUUCCUAUGAAUUUGUUUUAGUACGAAAUGUGCUUUAAAUUAAAUUGAUUAAAAGUCUAUGUUUUGUGAUCAGAAUCUAAAAAUACAAUUCUGCUUCGGGGCCCAGUUUAGCCACGGUUGGCCCUGACACCUGAAGUAGACCAGCAAGAGAAAGUGCUUCCCUUUCAAAUAAACUUUCAACACAAGUUUUUGGGGGUUUUGAUUUAUGACUUUUUUGUCCACAUAGAGUAAUUCAAACACAGUGGUUCUCAAACGUUUUGUCACCAAGUACCACCUCAGAAAACACUUGGCUCUCCUAGUACCACCAUGAUGACCAACAUUAAAAUACAGUAGCAUAGUAGGCCGAAGUAUUCAUCAAAAACAAGGCAGAAGUUUUAUUACACAAAUAUAUUUAAUAUUGUUGACCACUGUAACAUUACACACAACUGGAACAGUAAUACUGUAAUUAAAUAAUUAAUUAAAUCUACAUAGAGCCCGCGUACCACUAUUGGUUCACAUACCACAGUUUGAGAAUCACUGCCCUACAUUAUUUGUUUUCCAGUUUUUGAUGAAAUCCUUUGUUUUUUGAGGUCCGUGUGUAAAAAAAAAACCCCAUUUAAAACAUCAACACAAAUUUAUGCGUUCACAAAUUGAUUCAAUGUUAUAGAUCAAAAUAUCACAACUUUUGCCCCAAUUCACUAAAAAAGCUGCUGCCAAUUCAGGCAUCACAACAAAAGCCUGCAAUAUCCCGGAGGUAUGGACUAUCAUUCAUUAGUUGCAUGUGAGAUCAUUGUUCUUGAUCACGCUCUGUGCGCAGGGGCCCGCGAUCCAUGGGGGAGCCCUUUUUGCGCAGUAAAAGAACAUUUUAAAAAUGACACAACGCUUCAUAUGAACUUUUACAGCCAACACAUCCUGAGCCCCUUCCUGCUCCAGCACUAAUAAUAAUCAAUCAAUCAAUGUUUACUUAUAUAGCCCUAAAUCACGAGUGUCUCAAAGGGCUGCACAACCCACAACGACAUCCUCGGCUCAGAUCCCACAUCAGGGCAAGGAAAAACUCAACCCAAUGGGACAAUGAGAAACUUUGCAGUGGACCGCAGAUGUGGGGACCCCCCUAAUAAUAUAAUGGAAAAUUAGAGUUGCGCUGGGAAAUUUUACUAAUUUAUGUUUUGUUUUGUUUUGUUUUUUUUGUAACAGGCAAGCGGUAGAAAAUGGAUGGAUGGAUGUGUUAUUUUUCACAAAAAAAUACAAAAUAUGCAUCAAAUUAAACUCAAGUUCGUAAAGUAUUAAAAAAACAGUGAAAAAUGUGUAAUAGGAGUAGAGCCCCAAUUUUCUGAAGCCCUGAUUUUAUGUAAAGUAAUUUUGUAAUUUUGCUGUCAGUAUUUUAUUUACAGCUUUUAUUUAGAUAUGCUCAUUGAUAUUGAAAUAGCACAAUAUAUGUGUUACUUUCUCACCAUCUUCAUAUCGUAUUCAUCACCACGGCCUAGGACCCGUUUUUUGGGGAGAACAUGUAAUAUAUUCAAUAAAAAAGUUU